AACUCCUUAAAUGUAAUUUAUGCAAACUGGUUGAAAGGCCGGGUUUUGUUCUGAUGUCACACUGGGCUACAACAGCUCAAGGGCUAUCUCCAGCCUACAGAUAUGUAGUGAAAUCAGGAACUUCAGAUACGUCGAAGGGAAGAACUCACCUCCAGACCUUUUGAGGGAAAGUAUGAAAACUAAUUAGGGUCCUUCCUGUCCUGAGGUCAAUCACUGCAAAGGGCCUUCAAGGAGUUCUGUUUUAAUUUUAAAAACAGGAUCGAUGUUUUAAUUUUUAUUUAUUUUUAUUUUGUUUGAUGUCUUUUCACAAAGCUGGAUAAUUGAAAUUAGAAAAUUAGUUCACAAAGAAGUUGACUGAAUGUUGCAAACUUGCAAGAUGGAAGGAUUUUCCCUCAUUUCCCCUGUGAGUAUAUGGCAUUAAUUCCAGUUUUGUGUCUUUGGCUUUGCCAACAGACUGCAAAACAAAAUAUGUAUGCUUUGUUGUUGAAAAAAUGCCGUUCUUUUGUUAUUUAUAAUACUAGAAAGUUUUCUGCUGGCUCGUGGGUGUAUAAAAUUAGUGAUUUGUUAUUUAAUGAAUGGAUGGGAAGUUAGCAUUUCCCCUCUGCUUUUAUCUCUUCUGCCUUUCACUGAUAUGACCCCAUACAGUAUUAUUGGGGGGGGGGGGCUUGGCUUUGUGGUUGACUGUUUGGUUUUGUGUGAUACUGUAGGUAUAUUGUAAUCUAUAGUUAAAUAUAGGUUUUGGUGUUCAUACUGUAUGGUUUUAGGCAACAAGGGAGAAAACAAAAUACAAAGGAAAGAGAGUUGUGUUCUAUGCAUUUUAGGAUUGUCCUCUCUUUUUAGGGACUGUAUUUUCUUGUCAGUAUCCGGAUAUUUCAGAGGAAUUUCACAUCUUUGUUUAGAACUCUUAGCUGUUACAUUAAACAGAAGCAAAAUCUCUUGAGCUCAUCUGGUUUUCCCAACUCCUCCAUCUUAAAUGAGACAAAGGGGCAAGACUUUCCUGCUUAGGUUGAUCAGAUGGAAUGUUCAGGGGAUAAAAACGAUUCUCUCUCUUUCCCCUCCUGCAGACUGAAGCAUUUAUUAAUAUUUUACUAUAUGCUUGUUCCAAUAUUCUUGGUCGUUUUUAUUUUUAUUUAUGUUAAUUAGUAUCAAAUUAAUAAUUAAUUUGGUUGGCAUUUAUAGUUUUCUAAGCACACAAAUGCUGUCUUAUAUAUUUGGAGUAGAUUUCAUCCGUGCUUGGAAAACUGGCAGGCCAGAAGUCCACUGAAAUAUGACCCAUUGCUAAACAUGUUUUCUCAGAAAUACGUCUUUCUUGAUCAAGUGGGACUUCCUUGUAAAAAUAUUUAGGUUUGUAGAAUUUAAACAAAGGCAUAUUUAAUUUCAAAGGUGCCAAUGAAUCUUGCUUCACUGUGUAGGAGUACAUAUUAGGAAAAACAAGAUAAGCAAAUUUGAUUUUUUUCUUAUCACCUGACAUAUGGCUGUGUGGUUGAGUAGGGCAGGCACGUUUUCAGUUGCACUUUAGGAUGCAGUGAAAGUAAGUAGAAUACUAAAUAAUUUUGGAUGUAUCUUCAUCACCAUCACCAUCACCACUGAAAAGUAGUUAGACUAUGUAGAAUACUAAAUCAUUUGGCAUAUAGUUAAAUGCAUUUGCAAAACCACCCCUUAAAAAGUCAAUAUGAACUACUUUGCAUUAUCUCAGGCUACAAUUUUUGCACACUUAGAAGGAAGCCUCACUAAAAUAAGUGGGCUUAACUUCUGAAUAACCAUGUGUAGGUUUGCACUGUAAAUUACUUUUAUUGCAGAAGAUUCUACAAGUUAAUAUAUCUCAUUGCACUAUUUGCCAGGAUGGGAAUACUCCAUGAAUACCGAGAGCCAACAAAACAUAUACCUAAUACUCUGUGUUGCUGGUUUACUUGCCUACUUGGUCUUCAGUCUUCAGUCUCUUCCAGGCAACUUUUUUUAUCGAGCAUUCACCCUGAUUUGUUUGGACAAAUUUAGCAUUGAAGUUAUACCGCACCACUGUAGUUGUUUGUAAACUUAUUUUAUUUAACUUUGCUGUUCAUGGAGCAUUCAUUAAGACUUGCUUGUGCACUGCAAUUAUUCCACUCUUUUCGGUGCAUUUUCCUAUCACUUUUCUCAUCACAAAAGUUCAUGUUUGUUUUUGGUUUGGGUUUUUUAAAAAGCACUACAUGCACCAUAUUUGUGCAGCACCUGAUUUAAUCAUACCCACAAAAUAGUGGUAGUUUGGAAGUGGCCUUUGAGUAUUUUCACAAAGGAUGCUGGGAUUGCAAUUGUAUGUACACUUAUUUGGGAGUAGGCUCUAUUCUAUUCAGUGUUAUCAGGUUGCAGUAACUGCUUUGUAAUGUGGCAUGUGCCGCUUAUGAAUGGUACACAAAAUACGUAGCAUGACUUUUGAAAAUAAAAUGUACAUUCUAGUCAACGUAGAGAUCUCAUGGGCAAAUGGACUCCUCCUUUGGAAGGGUUUGAUAGAAAUUUGAUAAAUAAUAAGUUUUAAAGGUUUAAGCCAUUCCUUGCUAAAAAGAAAAAGUUACAGAAUGCUGGAAAAUUAAAUAAUGCUUACUCAGUUUAAAAAUGCCAAAUUGUGGAUAGUCACGAGUGCCAAUUGUGACACCUUCCCAUGGAAUGACAAUUGCAUAUUGGGAUUUUCCUGAUUUAAAGAUGAUUGGAGGUAUAUUCUGAUGAGAAGUUAUCUAUAAUUCAUAAUCCCCAGCAUCUUGUAGCCUUGCGUGUAUUUACCCUAGGUUGGGGUUGCAAAUACUUCUGUGUGUGUUUGUGUCCACGUAGGAUAAGGCAAUAUCCUGUUUAACAGGAUGUAACCAGAAGCAGUCAUGGGGGUAUAUGAUAUAACUCUUUCCAGUUAAGUGUUACCAAAGUGGCAGCCCUAUGGACACUUACCAGAAAGCAGGGCCAGCUCAAAGCAUAUCACCACUAGAGGCAGGACAGCAAAUUACACUCUCCCCCAAGUCAAAGAAGUUAAUAAUACAGAAAGUUAAGAACAUACAACAAACCUGCUGGAUCAGGCCAAUGGCCCAUCCAGUCCAGCAUCAUAUUCUCACAGUGGAAGCAGCACUCGGCUCACCUGUAAUUCCCAGCAACUGGUCUUCAGAGACAUAAUGCCUCUGACAGUGGAGGUCAAGCAUAGGCAUUGAUCCCCUUAUACAGUGGUACCUCUGGUUACGAACUUAAUUCGUUCCGGAGGUCCGUUCUUAACCUGAAACCAUUCUUACCCUGAGGUACCACUUUAGCUAAUGGGGCCUCCCACUGCCGCCGUGCCGCCGCCGCGUGAUUUCUGUUCUCAUCCUGAGGUAAAGUUCUUAACCUGAGGUACUAUUUCUGGGUUAGUGGAGUCUGUAACCCGAAGUGUUUGUAACACGAGGUGUUUGUAACCCGAGGUACUACUGUACUGCAUGAAUUUUUAUAAUCCUUUUUUUAAGCCAUCCAAAAUGGUGGCCAUUACUGUCUUCUGGGGGAGCAAGUUCCAUAGUAAUUGCAUGCUAUGUGAAGAAGAGCUUUCUUUUAUCUGUCGUGAAUCGUCCUACAUUCAGCAUCAUUGGGUGUCUAUGACUUCUAGUGUUGUGAGAAAGGGAGAAAAAGCUUCUUGACCCACUUUUUCCAUGCUAUGGGUGGCCAAUUUAUUUUUCAUCUGAGGCAGAGAAUUCCACAAGCACCUUUGCCUGGCCAUAAAAAUGAACAUGUCUGAAAUCUUAAAAAUUGCUAUUCUUUCAUGAUAUCCAAAAGGUAGCUGCCCAACUUUGAUCUUUGGUAGGUUUAACCCUGCUGGAAAGUAAGUUCCACUGAAGUCACUGUAACUUACUUCUGAGUAAAAAUGAAUACACUUGGACUGAGAGAGCUGUAUGGCUGCCAAUACAGGUUUUAUGAUGUGCCAUUACAAUUUUUUAGCUCCCUCUAAAGAUUAAGCAUGUUUCUGUGCACUUCUUUAAAUGUAUUUUUUGUUGUUGUUGUCAUAGGGGUGUUUAAGUGGCUCUAUGUGCACAUACGUGUAGAAAUGUUAUGAGAGAAUUGUCAGUUUGCAUAACUCCUCCUGGGCAGAUACAUUUUUAGAACCCUAAAUAUUUGUUGAAACCUAUUCACAGAUUUGUCCCUGGAAAUGGGACGUGGACAACCAAUUUCCAUGUAGUGCCACUUUGGCUAAAAGUUGGGAAACAAAUGUAACCAACAAAUAAAACAAAGCAUCUGAAAAAGCAAGCUAUAGAGCUUGUUUCUGAUUUUGCAAUAAAACUCCGGUUUUGGUGCUAGUUGAGGGAACAAAAGUCUUUUUCUUUUUAUAACCGUUUCAGUCUUUAAAAAAGGGAUGCAUAAGAGAACGAGGGCAAGGGAAGGCCCAUAAAUUGUUCUCCACAAUCCCUAGGGUAUCUUUUUUGACAUAGAUAAAGUGCUACAGAAAAGGACAUUUUGUGGGGGGGGGAGUAUGGAUUUGACUCUUGCACCUUUAACAAUUGAAUGACAGGCUAUACCUGCUGAAAUCCCAUCUUUUACACAACUAUUAAAAGUGCAGGACCUCUGUCCUCUUUUUCCCCUGGCCACCCUAGUCGCCAAUAACACACAGGUGCAAACCCUGCCUUUCCAAAUUGUUGCAGCCCCAAUAAAAUGACAAGCUCCAAGCUUUCUGCCAUAGAAAUGCAAGGUUAAUCCUACAGCCCUAGUGUAAAGCAACCCCAUGGUAUAUGAGGGCAAGAGUGGUUCUGCGUAUUCCACUGCCAGGUGGCUGACAUAGCUGACAGAACAGAUACCCUUGUUGAAGUAGCGUAGAUAAUAUAGUUGACAGGAGUCUUCUGGGGUGGGUUCCUGCCUUUUCCAGGGAUAUUCCCUAUGCUCCCACUUUUAUUAGGACAUGAAUAUCUUCAUUUCCCCAGGACAGCCCAUCUAUUUGUCAUUAGACCUUACUUGGGUCCUUUGCCACCCCACCUGUCAAUGAUUAGGGCCAGGCUAAGUAAGUAAGGUGACUGGCCACAAGCCACACAUUUUGAGGUACCAUUAAAUAGCAGUGACUAGUCAAUAGGAACAUAGGAAGCCACCUUGUACUGAGUUAGUCCACUGGUCCACCUAGCUCACUAGUGGCUACACUGACUGGUAGCACCUCCAGGACUUCGGGAAGGAGUCUUGCCCAGCCCUACCUUGGAGAUGAUGGGCUGGUAAAGGUAAAGAACCCCUGACAGUUAAGUCCAGUCACGAACGACUCUGGGGUUGCGGCACUCAUCUUGCUUUACUGGCCGAGGGAGCGGACGUUUGUCUGCAGACAGUUUUUCUGGGUCAUGUGGCCAGCAUGACUAAGCCGCCUCUGGCGAAACCAGAGCAGCGCACGGAAAUGCCGUUUACCUUCCUGCUGGAGUGGUACCUACUUAUCUACUUGCACUUUGACGUGCUUUCGAACUGCUAGGUAGGCAGGAUCUGGGACUGAACAACGGGAGCUCACCCCAUUGCAGGGAUUUGAACCGCCGACCUUUUGAUCGACAAGCCCUAGGCUCAGUGGUUCAGACCACAGCGCCACCCGCUGCGCUGGUACAUCCUCCUAAUUAUUUAAGUUUAUGUAGUACUAUAUUUUAACACCAUUGUAUGUGACAUUUGGCUUUCCCCUGUCAGGCACCAAAAUGCCUUGGCCAGACUGUGGCUGGGUCACAAACCAGAGUAGUGGCUCAGUGUUAAAAAACAGUACUGCCAGCAAAGCUCCCCAGGCUUCUCCUCAUCUGCCUUCUCAUUUGCCUUUCACUGUUUAGUUAAUAACUUAUUUGUUCACUGGGGCUUUUUAAAAAACACCAAGCAGAAGUUGCUCCCCUUGUUCUGCUGCUAUUUAAAUGUUACUUAUAUUUUUUUUAAAUUUUGCUUCAGUUAAUUUUUUAUUUUCCUUUAUUUUUAUUUUAUGUAUUGUUUUUAUUGCAGAGGUUAAUGGUUGGUUGCAUGUUGCCCUUUGACAACUUCUUGGGAAGAUGAUUUUGUACCUAUCAUGCAAAUGAAAUCUAAUUAAUGUUUUUGGCUACAUGCUUCAACACUGAAUCCUACCUUUCCCUGAGAAGAUGUUUGGAAGUGCUGCUCAUGCAGUCAAUAUCACAGGCACAAAAUCUAAGACUUAGCAGGGAAGAAAGAAAUCCAGGACGAAUGAUAAGAGAUGUGCAUAAUAAAUAAAUAAUAUCCAGAAGCCAGGGAGGUUGAUAUGCUCUGAGAAGGAACAUUUAAUAUGAUCUUCUAAUCCUUUCUAAAAACCAUACAGUUAUUUUGUAAUUCUUUCCAAGGAAAUGAGGUUAGGUCUGUCCGUUAAACCAGCCUCAGCUGUGCAUCACGGGGAGUCAUGUUGGGUAUUUCUGAAUCAUCUGCCAGAGAAAAUUCAUAUCAUAAUUUAAAAUAGCAAGAUUAAAAUGUGGUGCAUUUAUGGAGGAAUUUGAAUUGGCUGUAUCUGGAGAUGGACAAAUCUCUCAAGUUCAGCUCUCCAGGUUUCUCAUUUUUCAGUUUUUGAUUCAGUUCUCAACAUUUCUGCAAUAAUGUGUAAUUUUAAAUUCUUCAUGAAAAUUCAUCAGCAAAUCUGAGCGCAAAUUUCUCCCAAUAAACCUAAUUUUGUAUGCAAUUUUGACUGCAAUAUACAAAUUUGUGCAAGCAAUUUCCCCCUAAUAUAAUGCAUUUUGUAUUCUUCUUUCACUAAUAUAUGCAUUUUAUGCACACUUUAUCCUGGUAUAUACUUAUUAGUUCAGAUUUGUUUCCUGGAGAACCUCAUUACAAAAUCUGAAGACGUGUGAAUUUUGAAUGGUAGUUGUGUUUUGGUUUGCAUAUUAUUAUUAUUUUUUAAAAUGGUAGGUUCACCUUUAGAUGUGAACAGAAUCAAUUUUCUCCCCAGCUGUAUCAGAUGUUGCAUAAGUCAUAUAUUGUUGCCACUCACUGUCUCCCAUAGUUAUGAUCUUGAUUAACAUUCAGAUUGUGCCCUAAAAAAAUCUUCUAUAUUACAAUUUCUCUCAAUGCAUAACAACUGACCUGCAGACAGAUACUCUUUAAAAACAUGCAGUCACAAGUUAUUGUUGUAGCUAUUGGGAGCUAGCUGGGGUUUUUUUUGCCCCGGGUGAAGUCUCCAGAGGGGCACCCUUGAGAUUCCCAGCCUGUGUAAGCAAAUCUGCAUGGGUAUGUGUACCAAAUUGGGUAUCUGACCCGGGUAAAAUAAAGCCUAGUUUUGCCCAUGCACAACAUAAUAUGGGAUUCCUGCCUGAUAGUUUAAGGACUACCAACUUAGAAUAGUGGUAGAACAACUAAUGCCAAAAAUAAAGUGAAUCUGUACUAUAAUGAUUUAUGCACUGAUGUGAAUCUAGGAGAUUUAUGCAGCAUGCAGUAGAGCUAAUUCUGUGGGGAGGGGCUCGGAGCUCCUGAAAACAGGAUUGACAUCAAAAUAAUAACUCCAUUUGUACAUAAGAAAAUAGGAGCCUAGGAAGAGACCUUCUGGAUCAGACCAAAGGCCUAUCUAGUCCAGCAUUCAAUUCUUGCAAUAGUCAACCAGACGUUUACUGUCUCCCUCACAUGCCGCUGCAGAAUGUACUCAUCAUGAUUAGCAGCCAUUGAGAGCCUUUUCCUCCAUAAAUGUGCCCAACAAUCUUUUAAAGCCAUCCAUCAUGGCGACUGUGUCUACAGUCUUGUAUUCUUGUAGCUCUGUAAUCUGGUAUAUGAACUUAAAAGGCUCCUUCAGCAACAGCUAGGAUGUUCUCACUGAGUAACCUCCCAGCUCGCACUGUCAUGGGGUUCCAAUAUGAACUUUUUACAGAGUCACUUGCAUUCCAGUUCAUUUUAUUGCCAGAAUGGUUGCUCGUGCUGUUAAUAAGGCUUACGAUGAAAGAAAGAAACCUACAAGAUGGUUAAGCGUUUCACCUUAACUCUGCUUCUUAACGACAACAGGGUCAUAUGAUUUACUUUACUGUUUGUCACUGCAAUGUACUUUAUGGGGGAAAAUACAAGCAGACCCCACCAAGACUAGAAAUAUAAGCAAAGAAUCUGGGGGGGGGGGGGGUAGAAUGCAGGAAGCACAGUUGGUGCAACAGUUCAAAGCAAAAAACCACAUCAAGCAUUACUUUCUUUUUUUGCAUUAGAGAAAGUAAAAUCGCAUGGACUUUAAAAAACUAUUAUCACAAUAGGAUGCCUUCUAGAUAUAUACUUUCUUGUGAUCUGAGUAAGAACUGAUAUUUAGUUUAUGGUAGGAGAUGGCUGUUGAUCUGCAAGGACCAAAUACACCAUAAAUACAUAUUUGUGUUUAAUAUGCAUAUUUUUUUAAAUGCAAAAAGCCACUGGCAGGAGCCCGGCAGAUAAAUGUUUGAGACUGCAGCGUAUGUGGAGGGAGUGUUUAAUUUUUUCCUGCCCUCUUGUUAUUCAGAUGAAAACCGAUCUUCCAAAACUGCACUUGCAUUGGGAUGGAAGCUCACAUGCUUCUAUGUAUGCAAGAACCCUGCUGAAUCAGACCAAAGGUCCAUUUAGUCAAGAAUCCUGUUUUCUAACAGUAGUCAAACAUACCUCUUGGAACUUGUGGCGGGACUAUAUUCUAUCCCUAUGUGUAGGCAUAGGAAAUGUUGUGGCACUUUGGGGGGAAGAGCCAUAGCUGAGUGGCUCUGAUUGUGAUUUGUAUGCAGGAAGUCCCGGGUUCCACCCCUGCCAACUCCAGGUAGUUCUGAGAAAGAUUGUUGCCUGAAGACUGGGAUAGCUGCCUCCAGUUAAGAGGAGAAGAACCAAUGGUCCAAUUUGGUAUAGGCCAGCUUCCUAUAUAUUGUGAGAAUGCCACAGAGCUCAGGUUGCACUCCAGUGUGCUCCUCUUGUGGAGUGUUGCCAACUCUUCUCCAGCCUGGUAACUGGAGCCAAACCCUCCAUAAGGUACAGGAAGUUUUGAAUGUAGUGUAAUAUACAUAAAAGUGGCACCCAAAGGCUGCCCACCCACCAAUGGUUUCAGAGGUAUCAUUUUCCAGGAGUCUAGAUGUUCAGGGUGUGUGAACUCCUGCUGGUUCCUGCCUGUCCACCAGCUGGCACAGAUAUGGUCCUGUCAGCAAGGCCUUGUGCUGCCUUCGGGGUUUGUUUCCUCAGCUUGUUACAAGGUUGCCCAAUGAGAAAACAGACUUUUCCCCAGCACAUUUCCUGAGCUCCUAGUGAAGGCGUGAGAAGCCUCCAUCUGGAUGAGCCCAUAGUCCACAAAGAAUGGCCACAAGACCAGAGAGAGGAAACAGCAGGCAACUUUCAGAUCCCUUUCUGACUUACAGUUCUUUGAAACGCACAUAGGCUUUUCUUUUCUUGGCAUUAUAAACACAAAUGUUGAAUGGAAAAAACCUAAGUGGUGACUUGCAGGAGGGUUUUCAGGGCAGACUUUUUAUCACCUAACCUCUUCAGUUGUACCUAUUUGGUUGCCAUUGCAUCUGCUAUCUAACUUCAGUGGUGAGUAGCACGUUCUUAGCAUUUAUUUGCAGGGGUUUACUGUCACAUUCUUAGGCUGAAGGCGCCUCUUCUUGCACAAAAGGAGUGCGUGCUGCUGACCCACACCUGCAAAAACAUGUGACUCACCAAGCCAAAUACUGCAAUGUACUGUGGUCCACCAGGUGUUAAGCAACCUUCCUGCUUACACAGUCUUAGUCAGGCAGCAUGCCCAGGUGGUUUCUUGAGCUCCCUGUUGGGUGCUGUGCAUGGACUGAUUGCCUCUAUUCCUCUGGUUUGGUCAUGAUUUGUACAUGCCCACUUUAGUGCCUGUCACUGCAGUCUGACUGAGCCACAGAGCUGUGAAUAAAAAGUCCACUUCAAAACUGCAGAAAAAUGCUCAGGGCCUUUAAAUAACCCCUUUCUCCUAGAGUUACAUAGUUACUUUGGACUGGAAGGCUGUAAAUUAAGUUUCUGUUUUCGUUCUAAGGCCACAUAUCAUUUUAAAGUCUCAGACUGGUACAUCACACUGAAAUUACACAGAGAGUGCUAAUGAGAUCCACUUUUAUGAUACCCCAGAGGGCUCUUCUGAAAAAUACCAGACACAGGUCAGUUGGAAGCUUAUAGUUUCAAGGCAUGAGCUGCUUUCUCCAUGUGCAGAAUGGCUUCUUCACAACUGCUGCAUACUUAGGAAGUCCAGCUGAUCUUUCUAUAUUGAACAGGUUCUUAGAAGCAUCUUGUAGACAAAGUCUAGGAAAGCCAUGUCAAUGCCAGUGCUUGAGCAUGCUGGCUGGGGUGAAAGGGACUGCAGUCAAGCAACUUGGAACACCUCUAGUUGUCCCUUUUAUUGUGUGGGGGCGGACCAUGUGGAUCAGUCCCACCUCCCUGCAGAGGGGAAAGGUCAUGGAAAAGUCUAGUUGCACCAGGAAGCGAUCUGACCAUGGCACUUCUUUGUUAUGCUGGAACUUAGUGUCAGAUCACCCACGUCCACAGAGGUAAACACCAGAUCUAAGGCAUGUCCACGGCAAUGAGUCAGGCCAAACUUAUUCUGGGACAGCCUCAUGGAGGCCUUGCUUUCCAGAAAGUCCCGAGCGGCCCCUUGUAAGGUUGUGUUGGCAUGGAUGUUCUAGAGCAUGAGACAUCAUUCGCUAGGUGUUGUGGAUUUAAAUUCCUCUAUCACAUCAUUGUAACUAACUGACAAAGCCAAUUCUUGUUCAGUGUACAAAACCACGAAUGAAGGAUGGUCAGGGUAGGGUAGACAACAAUGCAAACAAAUAAGGACAAGAAAGAGGUAAAGAGGCAAAAAGCUAACAGAGCAACCACAAUAAACGGCGUCAAGAAGCCAAAACACGAGAUCAGAGGCAGGGCAUAUCUGGAGGGAUGAGGGUGGGAUGGCUCCUCCCCCCUGUUUCAUGCUAUAAAAGCAGCCCCUCACCCACAAACAGUGGCAAGCAAAGCUCAGAUGGAGACAGGGCCAUCAGACAGACGUAGACAAAGGCAGAACAAAAAGGAUGGAAAGAAUCUACAGCUGCUGCCUGUGUCUAUCUCUGGCCACUUCCAGGGACAGCAGAAGAUGCAGAUCCAUUCCAGCCUUUUUGUUCUGCCUGUGUCUUCUUCCCUGUGAGUCAUGCUAGGUGAAGGAGCUGGGUUGUCGCUCCAUACUCUGUCCUUCUCAUCAUGAUUACCAGUUGUGUUUUGUUUUUUUAAAAAAACUUUGUCAGAUGGUCUAAGGCAGGGGUGCCCAAACUUUUUUCAAAGAGGGCCAGAUUUGAUGAAAUGCACAUGCGUGAGGGCCGACCAAAGUUGCUGAGCUUUUUUUAGGCCGCCAAAACAGACUUUGGACAUGCCUGGUCUAAGGCCAGGGUGAAAAGGUGUGUUUUCUUCAGAUGAAAACUACAUAAUGAGGAUGCCAGACACACUUCUGUGGGGAGCAAAUUCUACACCUUAGAGGCUAUGACAGAGAAUGCCCCCUCCUGGGCUGCUACCCCCCCCCCCAGCUUCUAAGGGCGGUAAAAUGAUCAAGGCGGGCCCACUCUACCUCCCUGAGCCUCUAAAUGCUUAUAGUUUCUUAUUGAUUGACAAUUGGGUUGGGGGAUGCACAUCAUGAGAUUAAAUUCCCCUUCCUACAUGAUACAGGGAGUUUCAAGAGGGAAGAAAGAGGAAAGAGCACUUUUCCCACCCUCUAGGACUUCCCCUUCCACACUACAUAGAAAUAAAUCAAAAACUCAGAUUCAGGGCUGACACUAACAGUCACAAACCUGAGUCCCAAACCCAAAACAGUCUCAAAACAGUUCCAAACCAUGGCAGGAGAGGUUUCAGAGCAGGGGUAGGGAAAAAAGUAUGCUCCCCCACUCUCUUUUCUAAAACUUUUUUGCCCCUCUGCAAAUAUCCAUCAGUCCUUCAAAGUUGCUGUUCCACGAUGACUGGAUCUUGUGAGUCUGGGAAGUACAUUGAUAUAUUUUGUGGUUCCCCUUUGUGUGCGUUUGCAAUAUCCUAUCAUUUUGUUAGCCUUUUAUGUUACUGUAUCUCCUUUUUAAAUUUUUGCUUUUAAAUAACUUAUUUGGAGUGUCUAUUGCUCCCACACAAACAUCCUUUUUUCAGCCUUUGUUCAUUUGCCUUCUAUGGAGAAAUCUAGAUAUUGUGAUCAUCAUCAUUUAUUUAUUUUUAUGCUGCCCAUCUAACUGGGUUGUCCCAGCCACUCUAGGCAGCUUCCAACAAAUUAAACAUCAAACACAGUAAAACAUCAAACAUUAAAAACUUCCCUUACAAUCAUCACCACCCAACAUUUCCUGCAUUUUCUGUGAAGUGUGUCAAUUAUUUUUCCGCACAAUACAAUUGCAGCACCAGCCUGUCCACUGUGGGCAGGGAAAUAUACAUCUCAGGGCUUCUGUGCCUUUAAUUUAAUAUCUCCUGUUUGCAGGUCUAACCUUGCAAUUGCUUCUCCUACAGAGAAUUUCUUACAGAUAAAGGUAAAGGUAAAGGGGCCCCUGACCAUUAGGUCCAGUCGUGACCGACUCUGGGGUUGCGGCACUCAUCUUGCUUUAUUGGCCAAGAGAGCCGGUGUACAGCUUCUGGGUCAUGUGCCCAGCAUGACUAGGCCACUUCUGGCGAACCAGAGCAGCACACAGAAACACCGUUUACCUUCCCGCCAAAGCGGUACCUAUUUAUCUACUUGCACUUUGAUGUGCUUUCGAACUGCUAGGUUGGCAGGAUUACAGAUAGCUUCCUGUAAUUACUCCAGAAUCCAUUCCCAGAGGGGAGGCUUUGAAAACUGCUUUCUUCUCAUUCAGUUUUCUCUUUUUGUUUUUCCUCGCAGAAAACAGAACUGCAUUGUAAAAAACACACAAAAAGAUGACAAGGAAAGCAGUUAUAAAGACCUCCCCUCUACAUAAGAACAGAAAUGACUUUGCUUCAAGUAACAGAGGUCAUUCAAGAGCAAAUGAGACCCUAUUCUUCAUUAAUCCCACCCAGCCACAAUCAAUACCAACCAUCAAUCAAUAGGAAACUAUAAAACAGGCAGGACCUGCAGGAAACUGUCUUGUUUCAGGCUAGACCCAGACUGGUGAGGAUCCACAGCAAGGUGUACAAGCAGUCCAGAGACUGAGUAUACAGCAAGCAGUGCAUGCAAAAUCAAGAGCCAGUUCACAGUCUGGUCACACAGAGGUAGUAGUUCAAUCAAGGGCCCAUAAACAGCAGGCCAAGCUAAGUGUCCAAGAGGAAGGCACAGGGUUGAUGGGAAUACAAUGUUCCAGCUUACUCAAAUGCUGGAUCUAGACACAUCAAAGAAGCGUUUCAGUUAAACACAUUGCAAACUUUGUAUGGAAAAUCAGGUUAGCAAAAGCAGAACUCUACAGCGGCAUCUGGUAUCACAGUGUCAGAACACAUAUAAAGCGCUUUUUCUUUGCCAGUGCAGCUGAAUCCCAAGACUUGUACUGAGGCUUUUAAGACAGAGCCCAGCUAAAGCCCAAGUUUUCUGCAGAAAGCCCUCCUUAUGAGGAGGGCCCUACUCUUGAGGAGCCUUUUACUCACAAGGAGUCCUUCUCUGCAACUAAGCACUUCUCAUUACUGCGAGGACCUUGGUCUGCCUCUUGAGAUGCUAUUGCUCUUGGGGGAUAUUCUGUCUCUGCUUCGUAAGAGGAGGCAUCUAGUGUGAGCACGACAGGCAAUGAUAUUUGGCUGAAUGGAAUUUAGAAGUGAGCAAACAUAACAGAGGGCUUGGGGGCAUGGAGAAAGUCACUGCUGGAUAAUAAAACUCCAUUCAAAGUGUAUUGUGGGGCCUCCGUUUUAAUUUCAAUCUCAAUUUCGUAAAAGCAAUGCCUCAGCAACAUUAAAGAGCUUUAACAUGGGUGUAACCAAACUGCUAUACAGACACAGUAUACACUGUUACUCAUUGCAUACGUAAUACCAAAUCUACUUAUCUAUUAUUAUUUCUGGUGAGGGCUAAAGCCAUAAAUUGAAGAUUUUUGCUGUAUACCCAAUGUGGGCAUUUGUAUGCUAUUCUUGUUUUCAUAAUUUGAAAGCUACAGUGUUUCCAGAUCAGUAAAAAAUGUCCUUAAAAAAAACUUGUAGCAGGUAAAUAUAGAAAUCAGUUUCAUAAUAUUCACAAUAUUCCAAGCCUUUCUAUAACUAUUGAAAAAGGCUACAUUUCUGCAUUCAGCUUCUAACUUUUAGUUUAGACUAAUUUAGCAGCUCUAAUAAAAUUGCUCAAUAAAGAAAGGUUUUCCAUUGCCAAGCAUCUGAACAGUAAUACUGUUGGGUUAUUUCAAAAUCUUUGUUGAAUUCUGAACUAAGUCCAUGCCAAUUUUGCAUGGACAAGAUAUUGCAAUAUUUAAAAUGGAAAGAGAAUUUCAGAAGAGCUAAAAUUUUGUGGUAGUUACAAACAUAAAUCAUAUUACAAAGACUGUUUGGGAAUUGUGUCUUGCUGAGCAGAAAGUCCCAGAAAACACAUACUGUGACAAUUAGCUGUCUACAGAAGCACCAGGACCAAAUUUCAAAAUACUCAGAGAAAUGCAAUGCACUGACAGAAGGAUCAAAUUUUCAAAUGCAGGAAAUGAAAUGGUUUAAUUCAUCCAUUCUUUUUGAUUCUCUGCCAUCUCAAAAAUGUUUUCCCAAAAGUUGAAAGCCAGUUCGAAUCCUAUGCUUCUAAGAAUGUCCUGUUUCCAUGAAGUGAAAGAUAACACAAGCUUUUUGCUGUUGUGUUCUAUCGGCAUAAGAAUAAGGAGAUCUACAGGUGCUCUGUCAAAACUGGACUGGGACAAUCCCCCAAUAUACUUCCAUGGUCUGAUUUACUUAUUAACCUCCUGCAUCUGUAAUACCAAACUACUUUUAAAUUUUAGCUUGGAUUCUGUAAUUUCCCUAAUGCUGUUACAGCUUGUACUGUUAUACCCCUCUGGUUGUGGUGAUGAUACAUCUUCUGCCCCCUACUGUAUUUCCCCCUACUAAUACCACUCCCUAAAAAUUGCUGAUGUGCCCCAGCUAAGGCUCUCCACUAUUCUAAGAUCUAACCACAUCGGAGAGAGAAUGUUUUAAUGCUUUCCAAACACUGCUUCAAUACAUUCAUGUUAAUAUGUAUUGUUCCAGCCGACAUACAUAUCUGCAGUGUUUUGAUCUUCCCCAAUCCUAUCCUUUUUGACUGGCAGUGGACAUAAUGUUUGUCUUUGAAUGCUCAUGUCCAACAAUUCCUCCCUCUUGCAGCCCUCUGAAGAUCUGAUAUCCUAUGAGUCAGACAUCUACAGGCAGUCCCAUGACAGUUACCAGUAUCUGAACAGUGAUGCAGAUAGUCAUGGCGGUAAGUGAGCUGUAAGGCCUCUGGUAAGACUAGAGUGAUGGGUUUGGGGACAUUUGGAGGAGGAAUGCUGUGUCUUGUCUAUUAAGCACCUUUUUCAGUAAUGAUGUUUCAUAUGCUUUAUGCUAGCACUGCCACUGAGUUAAAGCAAUUCCAGACCACUUGGAUUACAUUAAAGAACACAAGUAACUUUCAGGAAGUAGUUAACUGUUGCACCAUCAUCUCAUAGACCAGGUGCAGGGAAUCUUUAGUCCUCCAGAUGUUGCAAAACUACAACUCUCAUCAACCCCAGUUAGCAUGUUCAGUGACUAGGAUUGAUUUGAGUUAUAGAUCAGCAAUGUCUAGGGAGUCAAACGUUUCCUGCUCCAGUCAUAGACCAUAAGUUAUUUUCAUUGCAGCUCCCACAACACAAUAUAUUGGUGACAAGGGAUUGUUUGCUGUAAAGCAGGCAUCCCCAAACUCUUUUUUUUUUUUUAAUGAUAUUUAUUAAAGUUUCACAAAAAUACAGAAAACAAAGAAAAAAAUAUAAAUUACAGCAAAAAAGUAAAAAGUAAGAAAAAACAUACAAAAUAAAACAGUUAAAAACACAAUAAUGUUCCAUAACCUAUCUUCCUUACUCUUAUUUCCCCAGACCUCCUCAUACCUCCCUUCUUUGUAUUCCAAUUCAGUUUGUUGGUUCAGCAAAUCCUUACCAUUAAUCUUUUACCCAAUUGUUAACCUUUUUUUUUUAUGUCUCUUAAAGCAUUAUAGCUAAAAACCUCUUAAUUUCUAUGCAGCAUCCUUCUAAAGUUCCUUAAUUUUACAAUAUUUCUGUAAAUAGUCCUUAAUUUUUUUCCAGUCUUCUUUCACCGACUCUUCUCCCUGGUCUCGGAUUCUGCCAGUCAUUUCCGCCAAUCAGGCAUCCCCAAACUCAGCCCUCCAGAUGUUUUGGGACUACAACUCCCAUCAUCCCUAGCUAGCCGGACCAGUGGUCAGGGAUGAUGGGAAUUGUAGUCUGAAAACAUCUGGAGGACCGAGUUUGGGGAUGCCUGCUGUAAAGGCACCUCUGGAAUUGUUAGAACAACAUUUUGAAGUCAGACUAAAGCUGCUUACACACAAAAUUUUAUUCUAGAAUCCAUGGAGUCCAAAUAUAUUUUUUUUCUAGUCCACACAGUCUAGAUCUAUUGCAGGCAUGGCCAAACUUGGCUCUCCAGCUGUUUUGGGACUACAAUUCCCAUCAUCCCUGACCACUGGUCCUGUUAGUUAGGGAUGAUGGGAUUUGUAGUCCCAAAGCAUCUGGAGGGCCAAGUUUGGCCAUGCCUGAUCUAUUGUAUAUAUUUUUGCCCUUGAAAAGCACAUACUGAGAAAUUAUUAAAACUGAUUCUGUAUUACUCAGCAGUGUAUCCAUUUGAAAACCACAAUAGGGGGCGUAUCCACACCUGUCCAAUGGCAUUGUUGGUAGUUGGUAGAUCACAAUCACCACUUCCUUCUUUAUUCACCUGGGGCAUGUUCAGGGAGGAAAAGAUGUGGAUAAUCUAAUCAAGGGGAGAAUUUUCAAAGGUGUAUCAAGAAACCAUAACCAUCCUUGUAGAUGGCAGAUCUAGACUCAAUCUAGAUUGAAAGCAGCAUGUUGAGGACGAACAGGAAUGAUACCAGAUUGAGAAAAACUACAUUUUUUGUGUGUGCUACAAAUGGAUUAGUGUGACUGCAGCCUAUGUCUGUUAGAAAGGAAGGGAAGUGUCCCCCUCGCCAUCUCCACUAUGACUAAAAUGGCUGCAUUAAGCAAUAUUUGAAGUGAGUAGGCCAGAUUCUUGUGACUAUUCUCCUGAGUGGCUUUCCUGUUUCCAAGAAGCUAAUGAAUGCUAUUUCUUAGGAAGAAAAAAAUUCUUUUAACCAUUUAGCCCUAUUUGGCAUUCCCCUCCACAAAACUGUGACUUUAUUGAGAGGGAAAACAGAACUCAAUCAACUAGAGUUGACCCCACCAUCCUGUUCCUUACUAUGUUCCUCCACUCCAAUGGAGGACACAAUCACAUAGAGGAUAAGAGAGUGAAUAGGCCUAAAGUGGUGCCCAAACAUUUGCCAUUGCUAGUUCCCUUUACAGAGCCUUCACGAAAUUAUAGAGACACAACACAAUUUUAUUUACUGAAGAAUCUAUAUAUUGCCUUUCAAAAGAGAGUUUUCUCAAGGUGGCUUGCAAUUAAUAGAAACAUCUAAAACUGAUUUCUAAAAAUAUUUAACUUAAAACAACAGCAUAUAACACAUUCUAAUCAGCCAAAAAGCCUUACAUUGUUUUAAAACAUAUAAAAGACAUAUCAAAUCCCAUCUCAUCAUUUCAACUGAAUUGAAAUAAAAAAGGCAUUUCAAACCCACUUAAAAGCGAACAGAGACGAAGCACACAUUUCUAAACUGGCAAAAAUAGCUAGAUAGCCAACCACCUAAUAUGCAGAUUGUUGUUGUAUCUAAUACUCAGAUGGUGGUGGUGGCGGCUAAAAUUUCUUGGCCUUGUGAAAUAAUACAGGUCCUGCCCUUAUAGAAGAGAAUAGGGAAUGGAGCUCUAAAUCAUGGGCUGUUUCCCCAUUCCUGCUAAGGAAUAAUGCAUGUGUCUACAAAAAAGAGCAAUGUCUUAAUUUAGGUGUUCCUGGACUACAACUCCCAUCAUCUUUGACCCUGUUGGUCGUACUGGCUAGGGUUGAUGGGCAUUGGAGUCCAACAGCAUCUGGAGGGACGCAAGUUCCCCAUCCCUGCCUUAAUUGGUUCAUCUUUAGCUGUCAGACUAAAACUGUUAUCCUGAUUGUAAGGAGUCAAGCGUAAGUUAGCAAUAAACACCCGGUGUCAGUGAAGUUAACUUUUUAUUCAAAGAAGCCAAAACAACACAGGCCUAGUGAUCACAGCAACUCUUCUCAGUAGGUAUUGCCCCAAUGAGGCAGUUGCGAGGACUGAAGGUCCCUGCCUUCCCACAGCUGCCUAAGUCCCCUCCUCUCCAGCAUUUUCCCUAAGCAGUCAUAAACUGCGACUGUGUACAACCAAUCUCUUUUCAUUUCUCUGCGUGUUCUAGGACACCAAGGGGAAGAGGAGCUUGUUGAGGCAGGAGGGGGAGACUCUCUGGCUUCUUCAGCAGCUGCCUCAUUGCUGCCUCUUGGCCCUCAUCCACUUCUGCCUCUGAGCCUGGACUGCUCUCUGCCACAGACUCUUCCUGCUCACUAAACCCUGUUGCCCCUUCAGCUUCUGACACCUCCUCCUUCCAGUCUUCUCCUUCUGACCACUCACCAUUGUCCCAUGACCAGUCCCCUAGAUCUGAGCCUUCUUUCCCUGGGGGUUCCCUUGGGGGUUCCCCAGCUGGUGCCUCCCACCACUCCUUUGUAUCCAGUCAGCCCAUAAGACUGAUGUGUACAGGCACAUGAAUAUAUGAACCUUCUUAAGUGCAUGGAAAACAAAUCCCAAAAAACCUACUGAUUUUUGUCACUGGAGUGCUCCCCACCCCACCCCAACCACAGCCAAUGGAAAGUAUAGAAAAACAUUUGAUGGGAAUUCUCAGACAAACUUAAUGUAUUCUGCCACCACACAUGUGGAUUUGUUUUGAGACAUUUUACUGUUCUGAGAUGCAUUUAAUUUGGCUUAGGAUAGUAAAAUGUCCUCAAACACUGUUUGUGUAAAAUAUUUUGCCCUGCUUAAGAGGCGAGAUUUAUAUACUGCCACUUAGCAAAGCUUCUGAGGGGCUUACCCACACACCCACACACCCCAACUCCAAUCUCCUUUGCCCAUAACAGCUGCCCUGUUAAUUAACACAUGGGAGAAACAAGCCACCUGAGCUGUUCUCUUGUCAAAUAACUGAUAUAUGCAGAGGAACUAGACUUCUUUGAAGAAAGAGAAAAGAGAAAGGUCCAUGCUAAUUUGUAUUUCUCUCUUUUGUUGUUGUUCUUUCUCUUCCCACUUUCUGUAUCCUUCAGUCCCUCCUCUUGGGUUAAAUCUUGUUACUACUGUCAAUAUGAAAAUCUGACCAACUUUUGUUUGAAGUUCCAAAGAAGGAAGGAAGUGGGUUACAGAAACACCCCAUGUGUAGCAGUCACCUAGAAAGAGGGAGGGGUAGGCCACAAAGAAUUUUGCCGAUCAUACCUGACAACAGUCACAUUUUGAUUUCGGAUUGUUUUGUAAAAAUCCUGUGUUAAAGUUUGAUGAAAUCAAGAGUGAAAUAUAAGAAAUAUGGAUUAUUUAUGGGUAGCUAGUAGCUAAUAUUUAAUAAAAGACAGAAACAUGUAAAAGUCCUCCCGUAUGAAUGAUUUUCUAUGUUGCUGCGGACACACUGUACCUUUAAAGCACAUUCAGAACACAUCAUUUCCCUCAAAGAAUUCUGGGCACUGCAGUUUGUUAAGGGUUGCUGGGAAUUUUAAUUCUCUGAGGGGUAAACUACACUGCCCAGAAUUCUUUGAGGGGAAGAAUGGGCUUCAAACAUACAGUGUGUACACAGCUGAAGUGGGGAGCAAAUAUACCACCACUCUACUCCAUAGGGAGAGAUAGGGGAAGUGGGUCUUGUCCUUCCUUUAACCUUUCACUACAUUAGACAAACACUUUCCAUGUCUCUACAGCAAACAAUUCUCUCACAUCCUCUUUCAUUUCACAUGACAUUUCUCAGAAUGACUCUGGCAUUUAAAAGCCACCCAACUCGUAUGGAUAUUUCACUGGAGAACAAACAAACAAAAACAUCACCCUUUCCCCACACCAUCUUUAGAGCUGGACAUAGGAACCAACUCCUAGAGGCCGUAGGGGCUUCAGCCACCACAAUAAAAUAUUUGAGGGAGCUGGGGCCCCCACGAAAUUGAUGGGCACUGCCAUUCAAAUAGUGUGUGUGUGUCAUGUGAUCGAUUAUGUGGGGCAGGGCUUACCUGGGCCCCCACAAUAUCUUAUUCAAGUUGGCACCCCUGGAGCUAGAAGCGAGGGAAAACAGACAACCACCACCACUGAACAUUUGUGAAUUGCAAAGAAUGUGUAGGAGUGUAAGUGUCAUGGCUUAGUAGCAAAACAAUUUUCCAUGCACAGGGAGUUCCAGAUUCAGUCCCUAACAUCUCCAGUUGGAAGGAUCUCGGGACUGGAGGGCUGGGAAAGAACCAUAACUUUCCGUUGGGUUUGGAAAUGAAUCAGCAUUCAGCAAAGAUAAUAAAGUACUGGCAUAACAUGUUUCUAACACCCAAUCUGUUAGCAUGCUCAAGUUUCCAACCAACUCAAAUUUCUGUACCAUUUUCAAAGGCAAUCCAAGUGAAUAACUCCAACCAGAAGGUUACAAGGUCAUGGCUCACUGAAGCCAGGCUCUCUCUGUCUAGAUCAGGGGUAGUCAACCUUUUUAUACCUACCACCCACUGAUGCAUCUUUCUUGAUGGUAAAAUUUCCUUACUGCCCACCAGUGCUCGAUGGAAGGAGGAUUCAACUUGUGGCGUAGAACCCCCUACCGCCCACCUAGAAUCCUGAAAGGCCCACUAGUGGGCGGUAGGGACCAGGUUGACAACCCCUGGUCUAGAUUGGUCUAUAAUUGGCAUACCACCCUAAGCCAAUAGAAAGUGUGCUGGGCCUUUUUGUGUCUCUAGGAACCAAGCAGCUCCAUACUAUGAAACUCCUUCCUUAAACAUGAAACCCCCUCUAAUAUGUUGUACACUACCCAACCAGGCAGACAGAUCAACAGUUAUGGCACCUAUACAUUGACUUGGGUUUUGCUAUCACCCAAUCCAUUACCAUGGGCAAGAACUGAUUUAGCACCCGACCUGAGAGGAAUGAAACAGAGAGAUAAGUGUCAUCCAUCUACACAAGACAGUGCAUUCCAAAUUGCUGGAUCAAAACUGAGAUCUAGGCACUGAGUGCCUGUCGUGCUGCUCCCUGUACUUGCUUGGGCCUACCAAACAAGGAUUGAUCCAGUGAAGAGCAAUGGUGAGCCCACUGCCUUUUAAAUGCCCAACAAUGCUCCAGAGUGGCACUUUAUCAGGGCACUGUGGGGAAUUUUAAGUGGUGAGCAGCUCACAGCUGCCUGCUGAUGAUUGCAGUGCUGUUGUUCACUGCCAACAGUAAGUCGCACACGCACAAAUGACUCAUUGCUCUGAGUUUGUGUUUCAAACCUGUUGAGAUCUGCAGAAACCUAAAUCCUGCCCCAGAUAACAAGAUCCAGUUCAAAUUCCACGUGUUUGUCUGGAAACAAGAUCCAUGUCGAACGAUACUGGAAAGAGUUGUAGCUAGCUCCUUGGUACUGUUCAUAAACAGAGAACUGAAUGAUUUGCUUCUGUGUUUAGCAGGUGAAUUGUUUUUAUGUCCAUCAGACCACUGCUGGGAAUAUCACCCCCACCACCUGCACCCGGAGUUUGAGACCUUUGGGGACAACCACUUUGCAGAGCUCCAAAGCGUUCAACCACCUCAGUUGCAGCAGCUGUACCGGCAUAUGGAGAUAGAACAGAUGCAUGUUCUAGAUCCUGGGAUCCCUGCCACACACUUUGGGAUCAACCACAACCAUCAGGUACAAGCAGCACCUUGUUACGUACCUCUGUAGAAAUGCCUUAUCGCUUUUCUUUCUUUUCUUUUCUGAAUAUCAGGUUUCAAUAUGAGGGAGAAGAGACCCUGGCAGGAAAAGUUAUAGAAAAUCUGAUCCACAGUAGAAACUGUUGCUGUACAAUAAACCAUGAUACUGACAUAGAUGAACAGAGAUACCAAAUGAGGGUUGAGCUAGAUGUUGCCUGCAGUAGUUUGUAGCCUUUCCUUGACUUUAACAACAACACAAUACAAGCUGUCACUUCAAGAGCCAAAUUAAAUGCAGCACUUGAAGUUGCAUACUUAUUUUUUUACUAGAAACAGUAGCCAUGAGGACAUUAGGACCCAGACUCUAGGGCAGGCAUGGCCAAACUUGGCCCUCCAGCUGUUUUGGGACUACAAUUCCCAUCAUCCCUGACCACUGGUCCUGUUAGCUAGGGAUGAUGGGAGUUGUAGUCCCAAAACAGCUGGAGGGCCAAAUUUGGCCAUGCCUGCUCUAGGGCAUAGAAGUUUUAAUAAUCCCUUUCUUUCUUGCUGUCGUCCCAAGAAUAUUUAUUAGCUCCAGAAGGGAAGUACCCAUUGGCUCCUUAUGGGGAAAUGACAGGAUGGAAGGAGUCGCGUGACAUUUAUUUUAUCCAAUCCAAAUCCCACACACCGCUAAGCUUACCCCCCCAUGCCUUUCCUCCUAUCCAGCCUUAGUAGGCCUGCAAAGAGAAGUACAGUGGUACCUCGGGUUACAUGUGCUUCAGGUUACAUACACUUCAGGUUACAGACUCCGCUAACCCAGAAAUAAUACCUCAGGUUAAGAACUUUGCUUCAGGAUGAGAAGAGAAAUCAUGCUCCAGCGGCAGCGGGAGGCCCCAUUAGUUAAAGUGGUCUUCAGGUUAAGAACAGUUUCAGGUUAAGAACAGACCUCCGGAACGAAUUAAGUACGUAACCAGAGGUACCACUGUAGAAUGUUUUGCCCAGUGCUUUUUUCCUAAACAAAAUGUUUAGGGGUACUCUCAUUUUCCUACUCAUAUUGAAAUACUGCCCCUCAAUGAGGCCAAACUUAGAUUAACAAAUGUUGAGGAGUAUGCAUACGCCUGUGCCCCCCAGGAAAAAAAACCCUGGUUUUGCCUACAUGGUGACUCAGAGAGCAGCUGGAUUCAGUGGCCACUAUUGGUGUAACCAAACUGUUAUGGCUACUCUGUUGUAGAGAUGGGAAUUUCCUUUCCAUGGCAGAGAACACCAGCUCACCAAAGAGAGGAAAGGCACUAAUAUUUUUGGACCGUAAAUUGAAAUUGAUUUAAAAAAGAAAAAAGUGGAGCAGAAACCUUAUAAAUAAAUAAUAUGAGCACACAAGAAGAGCAGCUAGGCAGGGCAGAGUUAAACAUCCUUUCCUUGUGCGAUGCAGUCUCAAAGAAAAUCCGCCAUGCACUCACCUACCUAAAAUCCCUCAUGACGUAACGUAACCUAACCUAACCUAACCUAACCUAACCACUUCGAGGUUUCCACCACUUUGAGGGUUGUUUUCCUUUUUGCAAUCAAGUUGAAUAUAAAUUUUACAAAAUAUAUAGUAAAAUAACACGUAGGCCCUCAGAAACUGGCUGUGUGUUUGUGUGUAAAUGUUACAAAUUAAAACAGAGUUUCUUAACUCCACACUCACUGGAUCCUCUUGUGCCUUAAGGCAUCGCGCUAACUUUAUCUGCACUCCUUCCCACUUGGCAUUGCUGGUGAAGGAAUACAAUUUCAUUGCCUCUAAGAGCUUUCAUAGGAAAGCAGAUCUGCAGUUCUAUGUGAGGGAGAAUAAAAAUGUUACUCAUAUGGCACAGUGAAACAGUUACAUUAUCUUGCUGCUACUCAGCCCAGAUGUGAAACCCACAAUAGCUUUAAUUGAAACCUCUUGAAAAUUAAUAUUCCACAUGCUAUCACCUCAGUAAAUGAUGCUAAAAGGGAAAAAGAGAUGCUGGCUGCAUGAGGGGCAAAAUUUCAUAGGCAACAUCGUCUUCCCUCUUGGCAGAGAAAUUAUUAUUAUUAUUAUUAUUAUUAUUAUUACACCCUUCAUCUGCAGACAUAUAGAAGCAUAUAUUAGUUUAAAUAACUUACAAAAAUGCAUGAAACUCUCAACUUCCCUUGCCUCUCUACUACACAAACACACACCCCAUCUCUAAGGCUGCAGUUUUGUUUAACUAUAAGGUGCUCAGUGUGACUCAGUGGAUAAGGUCAGUAGUUUUACCCUUGAAUAUUUGGCAGGAAAUGUGCACACACAGUUACCCAAUCCCAGCCCUUCCAACCUUACUCAUCUCCAGACAAUUUGCCAAGUCAUUAACCGCUUGCUACUGUGCCCCUGAAGCAACAUAAUUGCACAUUCUUUACUGAGGCAUUUCGGAAUAACAUCAACAGAAAAACAUCAGAUGUCCAAUGCCUGACCUACUGGGCAACCGAAGUCAUGGGCAAAGUUCCAUUACUUAUCUUAUCUUUCAAGGUGCCCUUUCUGUCUCUCUUUGUUCCAAACACACUUGUGACAUAUUUCUUGUACAUAUGACCAAAGACAAGGAUCAGGCAUUUGCUUUUAUAGACAAAUGAAACAGUUCUCUCUCUCUCUCUCUCUGUUUUCCCCAGCGAAUACUACUGUGCCUUUUUUGCAGUUAAAUGCACCUGUGAGUUGGCACGCCAAUCAAAAUGACAUAUUUCUGAACUGCUCAUGAGUUGUUUGUAAGAAAGGGCCACAUCUACACUAAGAAGAGAGCUCAAAGCAUGCUCACAGUGCUACGAGACCCUUUUAGUAUUAUAAUAUUUUGUUGGAAGCUGCCCAGAGUUGCUGGAGAAACCCAGCCAGAUGGGCGGGGUAUUAUUAUUAUUAUUAUUAUUAUUAUUAUUAUUAUUAUUAUUAUUAGUGUUUGUCUGUAUGGAUCCUGAGCAUGCUAAUGAAAAGAAAUAACUUAAAUGUGAUUGACUGAGAGUUCUUUAAUUUCCUGUGUCACUCUUGCUGCGACAUCCACCUUCUUUACUUGGAGUAUUUUCCAUUCCCACCACAAUCCUUUAUCCCCAAUCCUUUUUUUGUGUGUGUGCUUCUGACAGGUUACAUUUGUGCCUCGUACCGUGUGUGUGUAUCCCUCUCACCACCGUAGUUCUGAUGACGAAGAUCCAGACAGACAGAGUCCACCACUGGAAGUAUCAGAUGGGGAGACUGAUGUUAGGGAACCUGGCCCUGGGAUUAUAAGUGGAGAAGCAGGUAGGUGUUCAGCGCUAGGGAUGCAAAUCGCUGUGUACCAGUUCAUCUUUUGGCUGCUUUAUCACUACUCUAACUUGGUCUGUUGUGGUUCACAUUUCAUUAAAUUUGGAGCAUCCCAGCCUGGCAUGGUGAUUUGCAAAAAUAAUGUUAUUAUUUGUUAUUCUCUUGACAGUAGCAUGUUCCCCUUUUACAAAACGGAUAUCAUUAUAUUCCUGUAUUUUUCACUAUUUACAAUACUGCUACUGCUAUUGAUUGCCCAUCAUCAAGCAGCCGUCCCCUGUCCCCCCAGCAGUUUUACUUUAAGCCUUAUUUACUUGGGGUGGGAAACAAAUCUAAAGAUGUAAAAACAUUGCCUGUAUGUAAAUGACAGAGAUCACCAGCAAGACAUCCCUGAUGGGAAUGGGCAUUGUAACACAGUAACAAAUCUCUAUUGACUUCCCUUCCUCACGCAGAAGAAAAGAUGGCAAGGCAAUUGCUGCAAAAUGCAAAGAAAGCAGCAUUUUAAACUGACUUAUAUUUUGGAUUAUGGCAUGUGUGCAGCGGCGGAGCUUCAUGCUCCGGCACCGGGGGGGGGGGGCAGAGAGCAGGCUGGGGCGUAGCUGGCGCGCAUCCCGGGGGGGUGUGCCACCUGCAGGGGUGUGGUGCCCAGCGUGGGUGGGACCCCACCAGGAUCGCGCUGCCAGGGGUGGUGCUCUCCCCCUGCCCUCCUCUUCCUCCGCCAGUGCAUGUGUGUGAGUCUGGUACAGAAUGUUCACUGAUGAUGAUGAAAGGAAGGAGACAAAGUACACAGAUGGGGUAACGUCUCCCUCCACCCAAUGAAAUGUUGCAGAGGCUGGGUGGGUGGAUUUUUCCUUAGCAUUUUGCAAUAGUGAUACUGACAUAGCUUUUGUGCAGCAAUGUAUGAGACGCUCGGAGAAAUUCAGAGAAUAAUCUUUUUUUUUUUUUUAAAGAAUGCAUAUGUGUUUAUAAAACUACUCCCAUUCAAUGUUAUUACUUUAACUCGCUGCCCAAACAUUCCCACACACAAUGAUGCAAUGCAGAACUAUUAAGCAGGGAGACAGGGUAAGAAAUACAACAAUGAAUGUUAAUGGCUACCAUUGUCACCGCAAUAAAAUAGAGUUCAAUGGGAAAUAAACUUCAGCAUAUCUGAAUUGCACAUCCAAAACAAUGACAAUAAAGAGAAUAACGUUAGUUUAAGAAAUCAUUGUUCAAUAUGGCAAGGUUUUAAGGAAGCAGCAUUGUUCAUUCCAUCAGAUUGUGUGUGUGCGUGCGUGUGUGUGUGUGCGUGUGUGUGUGUGUGUGUGUGUGGUAUCAAUAAAAACAACCAGCUUACCUGGUAAGUGAGUGAACUGCUGCAGAGCUCGUGUCCCUGUUUGAUUAUUGCAAAAUUCCCUACCAUCCCUAAUCAACACCUUGCCCCAUUCUACCUUUCUGUCCUUAUUUCCUUCUCUAGCCUGCCAAUGGCCAUACUUCCCUCUUCCAACUCAUCUAUAUUGAAAACCUCCUGUUUUCUUGAGCGACUCCCUUGCCAUCUCUUGCUGCACAUGCAAAAAAUUCCAGGUUCAAGCCUGGCAUCCUUACGUAGGACUUAGACUCCUGUCUGAAACCCUGGAGAGCUGCAGACAGUCAUUUUAGACAACACUUCAACAAAUUGUCUCAUUUGGUAUAAAGCAGUUUCUAAGGUCCUCACUAGAGCUGUGUGCAAUUUGCCUCUCAAAAUUCCCCACCUCAUUUGUGAGGAGAGAAAUUGGGGGGAAUCGUUUAACUGAAUUACCUCAGCAUGAAGAGAAUUUCUCUAAUUGUUUCUUGAGGGUGGGGCUCCCCAUUCAACAAUGGCAGUAAUAUUGUGCCAUUCAUUUUUUGUAAGUUUUUGUGUUUGUGCACUGUUGCAAGUGGAAUCAGCAGCAACUAUGAUGGCAGUUUGGCCACCGUUUUGCAGCCUCUUCCAGUGCUCUGAACCUAGCAUUGUUCUGGGCUAGGGGUGGGGGAUAGCAGCAGCCACAAAUAUGUGGCCUUUUUUUUCUAAAAGAGGGAAUGAGAAGAAGAAAAAUCCCAGGAAUCUUCUUUAAAAGAUGUGAAGUUUUGGCUCCUUUUCAGUCUUCAAACUGCUUACUUUAUUUCUUCCUACAGGCAGUAAAAAGAAAAUCCGACUGUACCAGUUUCUUCUUGACCUGCUUCGAAGUGGAGAUAUGAAAGAUAGCAUCUGGUGGGUGGAUAAGGAUAAGGGCACUUUCCAGUUCUCUUCCAAGCACAAAGAAGCACUGGCUCACCGCUGGGGCAUUCAGAAAGGCAACCGCAAGAAAAUGACCUACCAGAAGAUGGCACGGGCACUGAGAAACUACGGCAAGACUGGGGAGGUCAAGAAGGUCAAGAAGAAGUUGACCUAUCAGUUUAGUGGAGAGGUGAUGGGAAGGAGUGGUAUGGAUAGGAAGCACUAUAGUCUUUGAAGGAGAGACCCCGGAAUAAUGAAAAGCCAGAUAAUAAAGACACAUGAGUUGGACUUAGCAGCAGAGGUUGCCAAACACAUCUUUUACUAUGCUUCCAAAGCCCUCAUCUCUAUCUCAUUGAGGCGAAAUUUCAACAGUGUUUCUGGUACGAAUUCCCUUCUUCAGCUUUGAAAUUCCUACAGAACCCAAAUGCAACAGGUUGGACACCGCAGGGAUUUUCUUUUUUUAAGGGAAUGUAUAGAUAUAUUAUUUUCAGAAAAUAUUUCAUUGCGCUGUAAUUAAAAUUUGCAGCUGACGGAAGUGUUUUGUCCUUCACAGGCAAGUCGCAUUUCACCUUCAAAGACUCUGCCUUAGCUUACAGCUUAAAACUAGCAUUGAUACAGGCUCUGCUAUAGUUCUCCAUGGCUAGAGAGACGUUUGCAGAUCUUGGGAAUAUCUUACUGUGCAAAUAUUAAUAACGUGUAAAUAUUUAAUAAAAUCAGGUUUAAGAAAAGCGUAUUCCUGAAUUAAUCUGUAAUGGCUCAUGAGUAAGUCUUGCAAUCACUGAGUAUCUAUCCACAACACAGACUUAUUAUUAAUCUGUAAUGGUGCAUAUCUGCAGCCCAGAUUUAUUAUUAAUCAUUCAAGUAUAAAAUGGUUAAAUUGUAACGUGGAAUUAUUCAUUUACUUAGAACGAUAUAUAUGAUGAUUUCAGGUUUUAUUUUCACAGUUUCCUGAUAUAUGAUUCAUCAGUGGCAAUCUUCAGGUUGUUAAAGUGUUGGUUUAACUGUCAUAUUCUCCCCUUUUCCCCCCUUUAAAAAAACUGUAGAGGAAAAGUGAUUCCCAGUAAGAAUACCAUAGCAGUGAAUGAUCCAUAAGAACACAGGGAGUUGACUUAUAGUAUACCAAGUCAAAACAGUGGUCCAAUACCAGCAGUAUUGUGUACACUCUUAAGGGGUUUUCCAGACAAGGCUCCUUCCCUGCACUGUCUGGACUUGGAGAUAGCAAGGUUUGUACCUGGGGUUUUCUUUUUGCAUGUUCAGACCCAGAAACUUCCUCCCUAAAUAAAUUCACACUUGACUCAAA